AUGUUUUCGUCCGAUGGUGAAGGGGUUCCUUUCUCCGAGGAGAUGUAUCCCCGGGGUAAUGUGGAGGACUGGUUAUUGGAGGUGGAGAGAGUCAUGCAAGCUAGCUUGAAGAGCAUCCUUCAUCGGGCUAUUGUUGCCUACGAACAGGUAGGACAUUGGUGUUGAGAUGUUGAUGGGCAGUGGAUCAAUAGAUGAUUAUCCUUACUGGACCUCUAGGGAGAACUCGCUGAUAGAACUAUCCAGUAUAAAUAAAAUUAGUUUAGUUUAGGUUUCCUCCUGUAGUAACACUGGAUCAAUAAGAGAUGAUCCUUACUGGACCUCUAGGAAGAACAGUUUAGAACUGAUAGAGCUAUUCAGUAUAAAUAAAAUUAGUUUAGUUUAGGUUUCCUGCUGUAGUAACACUGGAUCAAUAAGAGAUGAUCCUUACUGGACCUCUAGGAAGAACAGUUUAGAACUGAUAGAGCUAUCCAGCAUAAAUAAAGUUAGUUUAGUUUAGGUUUCCUCCUGUAGUAACACUGAAUCAAUAAGAGAUGAUCCUUACUGGACCUCUAGGAAGAACAGUUUAGAACUGAUAGAGCUAUCCAGUAUAAAUAAAGUUAGUUUAGUUUAGGUUUCCUCCUGUAGUAACACUGGAUCAAUAAGAGAUGAUCCUUACUGGACUUCUAGGGAGAACAGUUUAGAACUGAUAGAGUUAUCCAGUAUAAAUAAAGUUAGUUUAGUUUAGGUUUCCUCCUGUAGUAACACUGAAUCAAUAAGAGAUGAUCCUUACUGGACCUCUAGGAAGAACAGUUUAGAACUGAUAGAGCUAUUCAGUAUAAAUAAAGUUAGUUUAGUUUAGGUUUCCUUCUGUAGUAACACUGGAUCAAUAAGAGAUGAUCCUUACUGGACCUCUAGGAAGAACAGUUUAGAACUGAUAGAGUUAUCCAGUAUAAAUAAAGUUAGUUGUGCUUAUACAUGUGCACAUGUUUAAUCUUUCAGAUGAUGUGAAACCUCGUAAGUGGAAGAAACCAUUUCUGCCACACGAAGGCUAUGGUCACGGACAUGGUCAUCAUGUAAGUUGAGUGUUUAUUCUUCAUUAUCCAUGAUCAUCCAUCAUCAUUCAUUAUUAUCCUUUGUCAUCAUCCAUGUUCAUCCAUAAUUUUUAAUAAUCCAUGAUCAUUCAUCAUCAUCCGUGAUCAUCGAUGAUAAUUUGACUUUUUUUGAAUUCUCUGCCAGGGUCACCAUCACGGCAAAAGCUUUUGCUCGCGAUUCCACAAACUACCUUUCGGAGCCCGAGUUGCUAUCUUGGUCGGUGUCGUGUUCGUCGUGUUAGCCUCUGUGGUAUGUUGUGCCAUGUGUUGUUGUCGCAAGAGCAAGAAAGCUUACGAAAUAAGCAAAGGUGACGAGUUUAAGGCUGAAUUUGAGAUGGAGGACGAAGAAGCUGAAGCCUUGCCAGAGAAAUUGGCAUUUGAUGACAAGGAAGUCCUGAUUGCUUGA